UCGGUCAUUGCGAAAGAGAAAGAAAGAUAGAAAAAUCGAUCAUGGUGAAAGAGAAAGAGAGAUAAAUAAAAAUGGAGAUAGUUGAAUAGUAGGAGGAAAGAAAAAUUUCGUCGCGUUUUCCUCGGUACCAUCGUCGUGAGUUCGCGUGUACGAGAGGAACUAAGCGAAGGGAGAGGAUUGGCGGAGAUGCGGCUUAGGAUUCCGAGCGCGGUCGAGUGCUUUCUGGUUGGUUGGUAAGUGGGACUAGCGGGGACUCAUAGGCAGGAGGCCCCCUACGAGAGCCCGCAGUCGGACUCGAACCCCGAACCAAUAUCAGCCGUGAGUAGUACCCUACUACACGAGUGUCUCUCUGCUUUCUUUUAUUAUCCAUAUCAUUAUUAUAAUUUCACGGCUAUCAUAAUAUUUGAUCGAUAUUGUCGAUUUCUUUUUGUCUUUCAUUUUCUUUUUUAUUUCUAUCGAGUGUGCAAGAACGUUUGUAAGUUCAUUUGAAAAAGAUCCAAAAGAAGAGGAAAAGGAUUCGUCGAGGAGGUAUAUUCGUAUCAUUAUUACUGCUGACAUCGAGCAGAGUAAACGGAACUAAAAGUAACAGUCACGGGAAAGGAAACAAAGGAGUGGAUGGUAAAUAAAAGAAGAUAAAAGAGAAAAAGUUGUUGGGGAUAUAAUAAAUAUAGUGUAAACUCGUAAAAAGAGAAUUUACGUGAAAGAGAAAGGAAAAUGAAGACGAUACGAACGAUAAUAUGGUUAGUAUUACCAAUCACAAGCUGUCUAGCCUUGCCACCGUCACAACAAGAAUACGCUCGUGGUUCGGUUAGAGCAAAACAAACGACACCAACAUUGCCCAAUAGAAUUACAUCUGUUGUCACUUCGACGAUCGUACCAUCGAUAACAAGUUCAAGUUCGUCUAUAGCGUCAAAUUCAAUGUCUUCGGUUACGACGCCUAUUCCAACAUCUACUUCGUCGGCAACAACCAUAACAGCGUCAUCUUCGUCAAUCAAUCCGAUCGUAUCAAUUGCUUCCACCGAACAGAUUAUGUCAAGAACGGCAGCUACUUCCGGUAGCGGAAGUACCGUGUUCUUGUCUUCAACAAGAAAGGUUAGCACGAAACUGGAUGAACCAACUAGCACGAUGCCCUCUACUUCGGGUAAGGAGACUCGUGAAUCACCUGGGAAGAUUCGACCGCAAAUCAAGCUAACAACAAAUUAUACUAGCGCGAGCGAGACAGGAGUACGAUUGCCGGAAGGAGCAAGCGCGGCAUUGGCGAAGCCCACCAAGUAUCAUUAUUAUCCUCACAAUCAACACAUUUAUUUGCUUCCGGAAUGUGCGGUCCAACAAGUUUGUAAUGCCGUCUACGUGCGAUUGAACUUCACUCAACCGCUUUGCGCCUGUCCAGGACGUUACCGCGACCCUUGCAGCGCUUCCCUUGACAGCGACGAUCAUCACACGACCGAGCUAGUAACUGAUCCACGUACCAAGGCUCUAACACUCGUGAAAACAUGCGAGCCAGUUGCUGAAAUGCGAGAAUGCAGAGCUCCAAGGGAUUGGUCUCUUUUAGCCCUUCAAAAUACACGAACCGGAAAGUCUCACUACUUGGUGAUAUGCCGAUGUCCGGAUUCGAAUAUACUUGAGGGUCCCAUGAGUCAUGAUCAACCGACCUAUGCAAGUGUACCAGGAAUUCGUGUUUAUGGAAUGAUGUGUGUGCAAGGAAAUAGAAGAGGCCGGCCAUUACGACAUAUACGUAGUCUUAUGGGUUUUAACGACUUGGAAGAAAAUACCGAAAGAUUUCUAUUCGGCAGAGAUGAUAAGCUAGAGUUUCCUUGGGAUAAAGUUCAUCAGUUGAUGAAGAUGGCCGUUUGGGAGUGAUUUACGAUCAGUUCGAAUUUUAUUCUCGCUCUUCGUCUCUUUCUCUCUCUCUCUCUCUCUCUCUCUCUCUCUCUCUCUCUCUCACUCUCACUCUCACUCUCUCUUUCCCAUUCCCUUUCUCUUUCGAUUUUUUUGAUCUAUCCUUUUUCACAAUCGUCCACCCUUUUUCCCUCUUUCCUCUACGCAUAUCUUUCUUUUUUCUUUUUCUCUUUCUUUUCCUUUCUCCUCUUCCUUUUAAAUCAAACCAUCCAUAUACACCGCUUCAUUUCAUCUUUAUUUAUUACGAUAUCAUCCUUAUCCGCGUUAUCCUUUAGCGUACAAUACUCGUAUAUUUAUAUUAUUCAUUAAGUUAGAUACCGUGAGCUCGGGAUUGGUGUUAAAGCCAGGUGAAUUAGAAGCAGCUCGUAGAUUUUUUUUCUUUUUUACUUUUUUCCUUCGUUUCUAAUUUCUAACUUUUUUUCUUUCUUCGUCGCGAUUAAAUUUAACGAAUGUAGACAAAAAUCAAUGACUAUAAAAUUUCACGACAAAAUUUCGAUUAUAAGAGCGCAUGUACAUACAUAUAUACGUAUGUAUAUGUAUAUAUAUGUACACGAUUGAAAAUUUAUGAUGAAUUACGAGAUAUAUAGGUAUAUAUAUAUAUAUAUAUAAGUUUCUAAACGAGUAGCUUUUUAAUAAUCUGCUACUACUACAUGCUACUAUUAUUACGAUAAGAUAUCGUCCCUACUCGUUAUACUAAUCCAACGGGUAAGUUUUAUCUAUUAAGGUAGUAUCGAAAUGAAAGGGUUUGUUAGUAAAGACGAUCGCGUAAGGGGAAAAAAUCUAAUAUUGAUUAUAAAUCAUCAGUGAGGUAGGUAGUUCGCUUAAUUGCACGUAUAGGAAAUCGAUUAUCGUUAUUAUUAUCUGUCAUCUAACAGAUUCCAAUUAAGCGCGAUAAAAACAUAUUCGACUGUAUAAUGUGAUCUUGCUUUUUCUUGAAUUAUUUAAGAUAUAUAAACAUCGCGCGCAAUUAAUCUACGAUCGCAACAACACGAAUUUAACGUUAAUUAACGUUAAAAAAACGUAUCGAGACUUGACGUCGAAACAAUUCCAGAAGAGAAAAAAAAAAAAAAAAGAAAAGAAAAAUAUAUAUAAGAAAAUAUGAUAUAGGUAUGUUUAAACGCCUGCGGAAAAUUCUGUGGCCAUAAACUAUGAAAAUAUGUUUUCUACGUAAAAUCAACGUAGGAUUAGAUCAAACUUUCGAUUAUUUUAUGUACGAGUGUACGAUAAUAAGUAUUCUGAAAUAUCAAUGCGUUCGUUCAACUUUGAACUUGUAAAUUAUAUAUACAUAUAUUAACAUAUUUGUUAAUUAUCACUCACCAAGGACAUCAGAAUUAACCAAGACGUUGCAGCUGUACAUCGGUGUCACCAAUCGUGGACGUCUUAAAUUGAAUGCUUUUCUGCAAGCUUCCUUACACGCUGACAUUAAGUGACCACCAAGAUGGCCUUGACUUAGAUUUCCACUUUCACUAUAAAAACGACGAAACAAAUAUAAAAUAAAAUUGAAAUACAAUAUAAAUACAUAUAUCGAAUGAAUGGGUUAACUUACUUGUUUACGUCUUCAAAUAUCUGCCACUUUUUGACAACAAAACAAACACCCAUCGUUGGUUCUUCGCACAAUGGACCAGCGAGUGUAGCUAACUGAAAACCGUUAACCAUACUACUGUCGUAUCUGAAAAUGAUAAUAUUUUUUGUAUUUUUUUUUUUUUGUUAUAACACGACAAAAAGAAUCUUAAUAUCUAGACUGGAAAUAAUUUUUCAUUGAUAUGAAUACUUACAACACUCGUGGAUCGAUCGAUUUAAAUUGUCGUUCCCAAAAAUUACGAUGUUUAUAAUCCGUCUCGUUUAACAAAAUAUUAGGUCCGCAUUUUCGUGGUCCAAACGACCAUAUAUUUUGUAAACUUAUCUUCCAAUCAGCUUCCUUAAAGGCAAUCAUCAAAUCGUUUUUAAAGCUUUCAAUUGCUUUUUGCUGCUUAUCCGACAUGGUUGAAUCCUGAAUAGAUAAUUCAUUCAGAUCGGAACAGUCUUCAAGUAAGGCAUCUUCUUUCUCUUUCGUAAAUUUGCUAAAAUGUUGAUCCAUCCAUUUCAAUAGAUCCGCAUGUUUUUCUAAUAAUUUCGUUACACUUUCUGGAAGUGGUUUAGCAUCGAUUUCGAAACAACAUUGUCGAUUUACCGUCCAAGUUUCUAAAUUCAUUUCUUCUGUCUUCUUCUCGAUAACUUCAUUUACCAUGUCCACUUUUGGUGGUGGUACAACCGUUUCUCUAAAGGGAACUAUGGGUUCAGAAACAUUGACUUCAACUUUGGCAUAUCGUAAUGUUAGAUCUUCUAAACAUCUUUCCAAAUGUACUUCACCGGCAGUGUUCAAAAUAAUCUCACCGGUUUCUUGAAUAUGUACUAUGGCACAUGCAUCUGCUUGAUUGAGUAAUUUCAAACCGUUUAUAAGCUUUUGUAAAUCAUUUGGAUGUUUCGGUUCCAAUGCUACUCGUAAAAUUGGAACUGCAAGAGAAGUCAACUCGGAGAAGGAUGGACAAACUAUAGUAGUGGAUAAUGUUGCAGUUUUUAAUACGUGUGCUUCUAAACCACCAAUACCGAAGACAUUACCAGAAGGAAUUUUGGUGAUAGGUUCUAAUUCUCUUCCCAUUAAUAAAUACAAUUUUUCAAUAGUUACUUUAGUAAUAUGUCUUCCAGGAUGUAAAUCUUUCAACGUCAUUGCAGCUAUAUCUUCUCCUGCUUUUUGAUACUCUAAAGCUUUCGCAGGAUUGUGUUUUGGUCCAAGGACAUAGACUUCGCUCCCUACUUUAAGCAUACCUGAAUAUAUUCUUGCAAAAGCUAUUAAAGAAGUGGCUGUAUCAUUAUCCGUUACAGAUUCUUCCUCAGACUUUUUAUCUGAAUUAUCUAUACACUCUCCAUUAGGUUUUUCCUCUGAUCUUUCUCGUUGUAACAUUUCUGCAUGUUUCUGCCUAGCAGCUAGUUUUCUUUGCGCCAACUCUUCUGCCGUUAAGGGUUUCAUCUUAUUUUCUGGCAAAGAAUCUCGUUCUAUUGGAAACAUUUUAGAGAUAAAUACAAUUACUGGUGCUUCAGGUGAAGAAUUGCAUGCUAAAAAUGCUUCUUUAAGUUGUUGUGUUUCCGCAGGUAAAGUAGAAAAAUUAGUAUUUCCACUGAUUAAACGUUCAAUUUUUUCACUAGAUAAACUAUGAGGUGCUGGUACUUUUUCGCAUAUCAUAUUAAUACAUGCUCGAGCUAAAGGAAGCCAUUGAGAACACACAGCUUGUAACUGUGCUUUAGGAUCCGUAUGCCUUAAGUCUCUUGUCGUUAAUUUAAUAUUUAAUUUUUCAGCUAUAGAGGGUAUUUUAUCUUUAUCUUUUCUAACAACUAUAGUUUCAUAUAAAGACCAUAGAUUAUCAAGAAUGAGCUGUACAAAUAAAGGUUUCUUUGCCUUCUCUUGAGCACCUUUCAAUAUUCUUUUUGUCUUACCAUUUAAAUAAUAAUCUCCCCAAAGUGUUUUCAAUAAAACCUUUUCACUGAAGCCUAAUUUUGUAGAAAAAAAUUGUGCAAAUUCUUUAAUGCUGAAUCCCCAACCAUCGACAGCACUCGUGAACAAAACAUUGCCUUGUUCUGGAGAAAAAUACAAAUUAGAAUCAUCUAUAUCAUCAAGUAUAGAUUGCCAAUCAGCUAAAUUUCUUUCCAUAACAUUUUCAGUUGUAGAGACAUUGGUCUGUUCUUUCUCUUCACGUUCCAUUAUAUCACUAGCAAAUAAUUCUCCCAUCACUGCAUUAACUUGUUCUAAAAGUUGUGUCAAAUGUAGAUAAGCAUCCAAUGGUGACAAUUUGAUCUCUGUUAUCAGUCUAUCAAUUUUAUUCAAGAUUAAAAGAGGUUUAAGACCUUCGACAUAAGAUAUAGAAAGAGCACUACGAGUUUGGGGACAUAUUCCUUCUACAACGUCAACAACAAUAACAGCGCCGUCACAUAAUCUAACAGCAGUUGAAACUUCUGAUGCAAAGUCAACGUGGCCAGGAGAAUCUAUGAGAUUUAUCACAAAUUCUGUGGUAUUAUAAACAUGAUAAAGAGAUAUAGAACUCGAUUUCAUAGUAAUUCCUCUUAAUUGUUCAUCCGGACGACUAUCCAAAUAUCGAAGCUUGCCAGCAAGCUUAUUAGAGAUAAUACCAUUACUUGCAACGAGAGAAUCUGCCAAUGUUGUUUUCCCAUGAUCAACGUGUGCAAGUAUACAAAUGUUACGAAUACGAUUAGGAUCUUGUUGUAGCUCGCAGAGCUUCUCAGCGUUUACAAGCUUCAUUGUUUAUAAUCAAUGUAAAAAAGAAUAAUAUAUGGUACUAGCUAUAUCCUGUUUCAUAUACUGCUUACACUAUAUGUACUUACAAAAAUAAUUAUGCAAAAUAAUGUAUACGAAUAAAUUAAAGAUCUAAUUUUCGAAAACAAAUUAAGUCCCAAUGCACUAAAAUAUAGUAAAUAUAGUAAAUACUAUUUCACUUUAUUUUCGUUCCAAAAUGCACAAUAU